AUGCUUGACUUAGUAGUGGGUGAAUGGUCAUCAAUCAAUCAUUCACGGCAGGCGGUCAUCAAGCUCUUGCACCACCACCUAGAACUGCUUGCUCAGAAGGGACUGGACAAGUUUAUUCCAGGUUGGCGGAGACAGAACGAUCCAGUGUGUGAUCCGGACUCACGUGCUCCUUUGCUGCGAUUUGUGGCGGAUGAGGAGGGUUUGCAGAACCGUGCGCUGCAUUUUCUGUUCAGCUUUGCCGGUCUGAGAGGAGCCAUUACUCCCGAAAUCUGUCAUCCAAAGUGGAACUGCUGGAAGCGGUCCAAAAAACAUGCUGGUCUUGAAUACGAUAUUUUACGCUUGAUGAUAGCUGCCAACUACUCUCACGGUACAAAGUUGACUGGCGAGCGACAGUCCAAGAUGCGUGGGUACUUGAAGAGUUUUUUGGCGAAGCAGAGUGAUGAAUACUUUCAAGACUUGGCUGAUGAAAUUAUGACGGAUCGGCGACGGGAAUCCAGCGGGCUGACUGCAGCAGACGCCCGGGAUCUUGUAGAGGAAUACCUGGACUGCCCCUCCAUUCGGCGCAAAGGAGAGUUUGUUAAGAACAAAUCCUGGUUUGGCAUCCUGAACGUCUUGGCAUUGAUGGUUAAAGACUGGUCAAUUCUGCGGGAAGCCUCCCAUGCCAUUCUCCAAGAGUCUGCAGGCAGUGCUGAGGUGGGUCCAGCUGGUCGUGAUCAGCCCUUCAAAAAGAAUGAGCUCUACAAAGCCUACAAGAACAAAGCUGAGGCUGAUCGGUCUUUGGGAAGUUCUAUGGGGACUGUGAUUGCUAUCGCGCACAAGCAGUCGAGCUUGGACCUUUGUAUAGAAAUGAGGGUGGCAAUGCGCUGCCGUCCUCCUGUUGAUAUCACCGACGUGCAGGAAGACGUUUUGCUGACAGAGAAGGCUUCCAAAUUUGCGAUGGAACUAGCUGGCAGUUUUGCGUGGAGUGAGCAGUUCUGUCAAAUGACAUUUCCUUUGGCCGCGGCCGCACUUCUUUCUGAUGACGUCCAGAAAAGAACACGAGGUAUGACGCAUCUCAAGAAAUUGGUAAUGGCCAUCAACAAAGCGGAGGCUUUGUUAGCAACCAGGCCCGAUCUGCAGGGCUUGUUGGAUACACUGGCGUUUCAAGAGGAAACUCUGGCAAGGGAGCUCAUGGUGCACCUUGAGAGGGGUGGGUUCCAGCUGAAUCAUGAAGAGACCCAAAAAUGUCAGCAAGUGAUGAGAGAGUUUUGCUCUGGCACUUCCUCAACAAAGGAGAUAUUGGAAUCCACGUUUGGCCACCUUUCAUAUGUUUCCAAUGCUUCCAACAAGAACAAGCGGAUGUCGACCAUGGGGACAUGGUUUUAUGCGGCACCCAGCCCGUACGUGGAUAGUUCUGGCAUGACUCAGUGCUUGCCGACUGAGCGAGAUUGGCUGAAAGCCUGCUCUGACUACGGAGUGGCAAGCAAAGAGUCAGCAGCACUUUUUUGGAAAGCAUUUCGCUCAGAGGCGACCAAGCUUCCCCGAGCAGAAGGAGUCAACAUACCGGUCACGGCAAAAGGUGUGCAAAAAACACAGUGGCGAUUGUCUGGCCCAGCCUCUCACUACAACAGAAGUGCAGCGGCAGCGUACUUGCUUUUUGAUGCCCCUACUGGAUUUGUGAAUUGCAGUUUCGCAUGGGCAGGAGUUUUCCUGAUGCGUGGUGAAAUCUUCCUGGAGCCUGAAUCUGACGAGUUUUACCUCAGCCUAGGCUUCCAAGGUUGGGCUGCGCUGGGAAUCAAAUUGGAUGUGCAUUUGAUUGGAGACAAGGACUCUUAG